CUGAGAGCGCGGCGGAGGCCGCUCCUCCACCCCGGGGGCACUUGGAGGACUCCGGACUCCCCCGCAGGUCAGCGCCCGGCGCAUCUGGUGUUUUUGCUGCUGAGGAUAGGACGACGGGCACGGUCGGGAGCUCUGCCGCCCGGAUUCCUGCUUCCCUCAGGCCUGGAGGCCGCUGCGUAUUCCACUGUGACCUGGAACCCAGGGACCCGAGUCCCGACCCGGAUUAUCGUGGCGUGUCUCCCGGCCGGCCCUGGUGCUCGGUGUCCCUCCGUAGCCGCUGCUGUUCCCGUUUCCGGAGCGGGAGAUGGCCAGGAUCUGACCCGGGGAGAGGCCGCACCCGCGCCGCGCUCUGCGGCGAGCUCUAGGCGAUGCCGAGCAGCUCGGACACGGCGCUGGGGGGAGGCGGGGGCCUGAGCUGGGCGGAGAAGAAGUUGGAGGAACGCCGCAAGCGGAGGCGAUUCCUGUCCCCUCAGCAGCCGCCGCUGCUGUUGCCGCUCCUGCAGCCGCAGCUCCUGCAACCGCCGCCGCCCCCGCCGCCUCUGCUCUUCCUGGCUGCUCCCGGCACGGCCGCCGCCGCCGCAGCCGCCGCCGCCGCGGCCUCCUCCUCUUGCUUCAGCCCGGGCCCCCCUCUGGAGGUCAAGCGGCUGGCGAGAGGCAAGAGGCGCCCAGGAGGGCGGCAGAAGCGGCGCCGCGGGCCCCGCGCCGGGCAGGAGGCGGAGAAGCGUCGGGUCUUCUCGCUGCCCCAGCCGCAGCAGGACGGCGGUGGCGGUGCCAGUAGCGGCGGGGGUGUGACGCCGCUGGUGGAAUACGAGGAUGUGAGCUCCCAGUCCGAGCAGGGGCUGCUGCUGGGGGGCGCCAGCGCGGCAACGGCGGCGACGGCUGCCGGGGGGACGGGGGGCAGCGGCGGGAGUCCGGCCUCCUCCUCCGGCACCCAGCGGCGCGGGGAGGGGUCGGGGCGCAGGCCCCGCCGGGACCGCCGCCGCAGCAGCGGCCGCAGCAAGGAGCGCCACCGCGAGCACCGGCGGCGGGACGGGCAGCGCGGCGGCAGCGAGGCCUCCAAGUCCCGCAGCCGCCACAGCCACAGCGGCGAGGAGCGGGCCGAGGCAGCCAAGAGCGGCAGCAGCAGCAGCAGCGGCGGCCGCCGGAAAAGCGCCUCGGCCACGUCCAGCAGCAGUAGCAGCCGCAAGGACCGAGACCUGAAGGCUCACCGGAGCCGGACUAAAUCGUCCAAGGAGCCGCCUUCGGCCUACAAAGAGCCGCCCAAGGCCUACCGGGAGGACAAGACCGAGCCCAAGGCCUACAGGCGACGGCAGCGGUCCCUGAGCCCCCUAGGAGGCCGGGACGACAGCCCGGUGUCCCACAGGGCCUCGCAGAGCCUGAGAAGCCGCAAGUCCCCCAGCCCGGCAGGAGGUGGCAGCAGCCCUUAUUCUCGGCGGCUGCCGCGCUCUCCGAGCCCCUACAGCCGCCGGCGCUCCCCCAGCUACAGCCGCCACAGCUCGUAUGAGCGGGGCGGCGACGUGUCUCCUAGUCCCUACAGCAGCAGCAGCUGGCGCCGCUCCCGGAGCCCUUACAGCCCUGUGAUCAGACGAUCUGCUAAAUCCCGAAGCAGAAGCCCAUAUUCAUCUAGGCAUUCAAGAUCACGUAGCAGGCACAGAUUGUCUAGAUCCAGAAGUCGUCAUUCUAGCAUUUCUCCUAGCACACUAACUCUGAAGAGUAGCCUGGCAGCUGAAUUGAACAAGAAUAAAAAAGCCCGGGCUGCAGAGGCAGCACGAGCUGCAGAAGCAGCGAAAGCUGCAGAAGCGGCUAAGGCUGCUGAGGCUGCCGCCAAAGCUGCCAAAGCCUCGAACACUUCAACACCAACCAAGGGGCACACAGAAGCUGGUGCCAGUGCCUCACAGACCAACCAUGUGAAGGAUGCGAAGAAACUGAAGGUCGAGUGUGCACCUUCUCCCUCCAGUGGUGGAGCUGUAAAAAACGACAAGGCAAAAACAAAGCCACCUCUUCCUGUAACAAAGGUGGACAAUAAUUUAAUUGUAGAUAAAGCCGUCAAGAAAGCAACUGUAGUUGGGAAGGAGAGUAAAUCUACUGCUGCUACAAAGGAGGAACCAGCAUCUCUUAAAGAGAAAAGUAAACCACUGACACCGAGCAUAGGCACCAAGGAGAAGGAGCAGCAUGUGGCUCUAGUGACCUCUACGUUACCCCCUUUACCUUUGCCUCCCAUGCUGCCCGAAGAUAAAGAUGCUGAUAAUAGUUUACGAGGAAAUAUUUCAGUAAAAGCAGUUAAAAAAGAAGUAGAAAAGAAACUCCGAUGUCUACUUGCUGAUUUACCACUGCCCCCUGAGCUACCAGGAGGAGAUGAUCUGUCCAAGAGUCCCGAGGAAAAGAAAACGGCAACACAGUUACAUAGUAAAAGGAGGCCUAAAAUAUGUGGGCCUCGCUAUGGUGAAAUCAAAGAGAAAGAUAUUGACUGGGGAAAACGCUGCGUGGAUAAAUUUGAUAUCAUCGGAAUUAUUGGAGAAGGUACCUAUGGACAAGUUUACAAAGCCAGGGAUAAAGACACUGGAGAAAUGGUAGCCUUAAAAAAAGUACGUCUAGAUAAUGAAAAGGAAGGCUUUCCGAUUACAGCAAUUCGAGAAAUUAAAAUACUCCGGCAGCUUACUCACCAGAGUAUUAUCAAUAUGAAGGAGAUAGUUACUGAUAAAGAAGAUGCUUUGGAUUUUAAGAAGGAUAAAGGUGCAUUUUAUCUGGUAUUUGAAUAUAUGGACCAUGAUCUGAUGGGACUACUGGAAUCAGGCUUGGUUCAUUUUAAUGAAAAUCACAUAAAGUCAUUUAUGAGACAGCUCAUGGAAGGUCUGGAUUACUGUCAUAAGAAGAACUUUUUGCAUAGAGAUAUUAAAUGUUCAAAUAUUCUUCUAAACAAUAGAGGGCAGAUAAAACUUGCAGAUUUUGGACUUGCUCGGUUAUAUAGCUCAGAAGAAAGUCGGCCAUAUACUAACAAGGUCAUCACUUUAUGGUACCGUCCACCUGAAUUGCUGUUGGGAGAAGAACGAUAUACACCAGCUAUUGAUGUAUGGAGCUGUGGAUGUAUCCUUGGUGAACUCUUCACUAAAAAACCUAUAUUUCAAGCAAAUCAGGAACUUGCACAACUGGAAUUAAUAAGCCGUAUAUGUGGGAGUCCAUGUCCUGCAGUGUGGCCCGAUGUAAUCAAACUACCAUAUUUCAACACCAUGAAACCAAAGAAGCAAUAUCGUCGAAAGUUAAGAGAAGAAUUUGUUUUCAUUCCUGCAGCCGCGCUAGACUUGUUUGACUACAUGCUCGCCUUGGACCCCAGUAAGCGCUGCACUGCAGAACAGGCCCUUCAGUGUGAGUUCCUGCGGGACGUGGAACCCUCAAAAAUGCCUCCCCCAGAGAGGUUUUUACACGCUGAGGCAAUGCACCAUAGUAAGAUGGCUGAGAGUCUUCCUUUAUGGCAAGAUUGUCAUGAGUUAUGGAGUAAAAAACGAAGAAGACAGAAGCAGAUGGGCAUGACUGAUGAUGUUUCCACAAUUAAAGCCCCCAGAAAGGACUUGUCUCUGGGCUUGGAUGACAGCAGAACCAACACACCCCAGGGUGUGCUGCCGACUUCACAACUGAAAUCUCAGGGCAACUCGAAUAUGGCAUCUGUAAAAACAGGCCCUGGACAGCAGUUAAACCACAGUGAAUUGGCAAUUCUACUAAACCUACUACAGUCUAAAACAAGUGUUAAUAUGGCUGAUUUUGUCCAAGUGUUGAACAUUAAGGUAAACUCUGAGGCUCAACAGCAGCUAAAUAAAAUAAACCUUCCUGCUGGAAUUUUGGCAACAGGUGAAAAACAGACAGAUCCAUCCACACCACAAGAGUCUUCGAAACCGCUGGGAGGAAUUCAGCCUUCUUCUCAGAGCGUGCCGCCUAAAGUGGAGACAGACGCUGCCCAGGCGGCUGUACAAAGCGCCUUUGCAGUUCUGCUGACUCAGAUAAUAAAGGCUCAGCAGUCAAAGCAGAAGGAUGUGCCGCUGGAAGAGAGGGAAAAUGGGUCGGGACAUGAAGCAGCAUUACAGCUGCGGCCGCCUCCGGAACCCAGCACGCCGGUAUCGGGGCAAGAUGAGCUUAUCCAGCACCAGGACAGGAGGAUACUGGAGCUCACACCAGAGCCAGACCGGCCUCGUAUUCUGCCCCCCGAUCAGAGACCUCCCGAACCACCUGAGCCACCACCAGUCACCGAAGAAGACCUGGAUUAUCGGACAGAAAACCAGCAUGUCCCCACCACUAGUUCUUCACUAGCAGACCCUCAUGCUGGAGUGAAAGCAGCCCUCCUCCAGCUGCUCGCCCAGCAUCAGCCCCAGGACGAUCCCAAAAGAGAAGGGGGUAUUGAUUACCAGGCAGGAGACACUUACGUGCCCACCUCAGACUACAAGGACAAUUUCGGAUCCUCUUUCUCUUCUGCUCCGUAUGUUAGCAGCGAUGGGCUAGGGGGUAGCUCUGCCCCCCCAUUGGAACGACGGAGCUUCAUUGGAAACUCAGAUAUUCAGUCUUUGGAUAACUACAGUACUACUUCAUCUCAUUCUGGCGGCCCACCUCAGCCUUCUGCCUUUGCCGAGUCGUUUCCCAGUUCCGUAGCUGGGUAUGGAGACAUUUACCUCAAUCCCGGUCCUAUGUUGUUCAGUGGAGACAAGGACCAUAGAUUCGAGUACAGCCACGGCCCCAUCGCGGUCCUGGCAAACAGCAGUGACCCUUCCACAGGGCCCGAGAGUACUCACCCUUUGCCAGCCAAGAUGCACAACUAUAGCUACGGCGGCAACUUACAGGAAAACCCGGGUGGCCCCAGCCUCCUGCAUGGACAGACCUGGACUUCUCCUGCCCAAGGGCCCGGGUAUUCACAAGGAUUUAGGGGACACAUUAGCACGUCAGCUGGCAGAGGUCGCGGCAGAGGGCUACCGUACUGAGUAUCUGUUUUUCCUCAGGCACAUCAUUUUUAUCUGGAAAGACUUUUCUAGCUGCAAUUUAAGGCAGCAAUCCAAGAGACUUGAAUAAUAUUAAUUCAACAACAGCUUUAUUUUUAUGUGGAAAGGGUCUUGCAUACAAUAGUUUAAAAAAAGACCAAAAAAAAAAAAACCUUUGCUUAAAUUCAUGCUGUUCUAAAAACUAGAUCUAUCGAUUGUACAUCUUCACAAAUUCUAGUUAACAAUUUUAUUUUGUAUUCUUGCAGUUUUAAGUGGAUGCUAAUCUUAGGGACAUAAAAGUCUUUUAUGGCCCUCUUGCAGAUCUUCUGAACUAUGCACAUUUGUGCUUUUUUUGUAAGUUUGGACCAACUUUUAUGUAACAACCAACCAACCCCCCCUUCCCCUUCAGUUUUACAACAAUCAGAAAGGGCACUGAUUUAUUUGGUAUUUUUCUUUUUACAAAGCUACCUUUAGUCAAAGGUCACUGUCAGUCUUUGCACCUGCUUUCAGUGUUAUUGUGAAAGGUGUACUUUGUGCUCAUUUCAGAAAAUAAAACACAACCUUUCUCUUGAUGCAACA